AUGAUAGAGUAGCUAAAGUAAUCUGAAAAGACAUAGCAAUUAAAAAAUGAAAAAGCCAAAGGUACAGCAGCAAGUGAAUUUGACUUACUGAAUCUGCAUAAGAAAAAGCAGCAAGCUACCAAUUUGAAAGAAAAAAAAGAGCUGAUAGUUGAGCAAGUGAUUGAAAAAAAAUCUGAGGAAUUGCACAUACCAAACAUAGGAGCUAUCGAGAAAAAGAUAGAGGACUAAAAGAAAGUUAUCAACCCAUUUCAAAAGAGUAGAGUAGAUCAAUCUAGGUAUGAAUAAAGGAAGCAGAAAAGGGAUAGAACAACUGCUAAAAAUGAAAGAAUGGAUAAAAAGAGGGUGCAGAAGUAGUCUGAAAAGGAAGAAGCCAAACUCAGAAGGUUAAAAGGCUAAGAAUGA